AUGAGACUGUACUGCACGUUGCUGCUGUUGCUGGUGUUGAGCGCAUCGCUUGCAUUGGCGCAGUGGUGCCACGGCUCCCGCACACCCGUGUCCUGGUACCUGAUCUUCAAGCCGUCGCCUGAGGCUGACUUUAUGUACAUUGACUCUGUCCUUCCAGAGCCAGUCGCGCUGACAACAACGCUAAGCCAGGCACGAAUGAAGGAAGGUGUCAUGGAGACGCGUGCGGCCGCCGAGGCAGCUCAGGCCAAGACUUCGCUGCUUGAAGCCGAAACCCUGCUUCGAGCCCCAUUUGCGCCCGAAUCAGGUCUGCAGAACAUUGCCUAUCUCGGGCGAGGCUACGACGUCGUUCGCGGCAACCCUCAGAGCACUGGCACAGAGGUCGACCCUGGCAUCCGCGCGUCCAUCAUGGUGUUGGAGCAUGCAGAGCGCCGCAUGACAGCCGACGGCAAGUUCUAUGUUCCAGAUAACGUGGAUGUCAUCAUGGAGCCAGUCAACCGAUUUGAGUCAAGUUCGAAGCUUGUUCGUUCCGAGCAAAGCUACAAGACCAUGCUCGAGAGCGACCUGAAGAUCCGUGCAAGUGCUUCGUAUGGUCCGUUCGCCAAGGGAUCGUUCUCUGCCAGCGAGUCAUACCAGCAGGUUCGCGACUCGAUGCUCAAGCGUGAGAGCAUGUUUUUGGACUCUCGUGCGGAAACAGUGUCAUACCGUGCGCGGCUCGAGGACACGUUGCCGCUCAAGCUCACGGGCGAGUUUCGCCACGCAGUGCAGCGUCUCACACCCCCCGCGUUGUUUAGUCAAUGCUGCAUCACAGUCAAUCCGGACGCGGACCCUGAUGUCCGUUGCUUCCCUGUUGAGUGCUCAGCGUACGACGAUUUGUUGGAAACAUUUGGCACGCACUACAUGCAUGAGGUGACGAUGGGCGGCCGUGGCAUGCAGCGAUUUUCCAUCGACAUGAGCGAAGCAGCCACGUUGGACGAAACUGUCACGGGAUCCACUGUUGCAACGGAAAUCUCUGGCGGGUUUGGGGCAUUCUCGGCAUCGAUUGGCUUUGACAUGUCCAUGAAGUUGUCUCAGCAAGCGCGCUCCAUGUCAAUGUCCUCAACCUCAAAAUCGACCGAGUGGUUUAUCGGCGGUGAGCCAGGCCUCGGUCAAUUCUCGGCCGACGAUCUGUUGACCUCUCUCAAGGACUGGGCGCGCACUGUCGGAAGCAACCCGGUUCCCAUUCGCAUGCAAGUGGCGCCAAUCAUCGAGCUCCUGGACGCCCUUCUCUUUCCUGAAGACCCCCACAUUGCCGACAAGCAGACGCUUCUUGCAUCCUACCUUGCGAGCUACUGCGAGUCUGUGAGUGGAGCAAACUGCGGCGAUGGCGGCGACCGUGACUUCACCGGCGAUGAGACAGUUUUGCGCUAUGGAGACUUUGUCACGCUGGACCAGCUCACCGGUGUCAACGAAGGCUAUCGGCUUCGCGCCACAACUGCGGCUGCCUCCGCGCCCUCGGCAAUCUCGUCGCAGGUCAGCGCGCUUAGCAGCACAAGUCGAUUCCUGGGUGUUCGUCUUGACUAUUCGAACGCCACCCAUGAUUUUCCGAUGCAAACCUAUGAGGGUGAUUCCAUGUCCUUCCAAAUCGUCGCUCUGCGCAUCGAGCGCUUCUGCUCGUGCAUGUACGCGUCCAACGACUACAACUCGAUUCGCUUCCAAUCGCGUUUCCCGCCAAUUCUCAUCUCCCAGAAACCGUCGUACAAAUUCAGCGUGGUCGGCAACGAAGGCUCUUGCCCAUACUCGACGCUCCAGGUCGAGUCGCUCGUUUUGAACAAGGACCAAUUUGAGGGAUUCCCCGGUCUCGAAGCGCGGUGCCGUGCUCAGUGCACGCGGAUGGCGACUUGCGUUCGCUACACGGUGCGCAUUACUGCCGAUGGCGAUGGCAUGUGUACCAUGUUUCCCUCGCAGACCGAGAACAUGUUUGCGUAUAGCCGCGAUCGGAGCGACAAGGUGUUUUACUACGCGUACGACGAUGACUGGUGGCGCUGGUCCUGCGAGAAUACCAAGCCUGGUGACUGGGCACGCGACCAAGCCAGUGCCAGCUUCCAGGUCGUCGAACGGUUUGCUUUCUCAACUAGGGAGAACCACUUUUUCAGGAUUAUCUCGCCACUCCUCCUCACCACUCUCGACAAGCAGCCAGUGUUCUACGGCGACGAGCUGCACCUUGUUUCGGUCGAUGGCUCCAUUACGCUCGGCGCCGGGAACAAGCUAGAAUCUGUCGAUCAAGGGUCGAAUACCACCUUGCCGCCAAUGCGCUUCAAGAUCUACGGACGGAACUCGACCUUUGGCACGCCUGUGCGGCGCUCAGAACGUGUCAUGCUGCAGACAAUGCCAGACUCGCAAAACGAAUACUUCAGGAAGUUGACUGGCAACUUUCGGUUCAACACGUACAUUCCCAUGUUUUUGCAACUGGCCACGUCCGCGCCGGUAGCCCCUUCCGGAGGCACUCAGUUGGAUUACUCAAUGCUUCGCAUCAUGAAACCGUUCCCAUUGAGCGUUUCGCGGCUCUCGGCCUUCGAGUGGGUUUUGAACAAGGCGCCCAAACUGGACACUCCAGCUGCUGACAACGUCCUCUCCUUCAUCAAGCAGCCCACGAUGGCCGUCACGGUGCUCCAGCCCUUCUCUGCGUUGGAAAUGACGAGCAACACCAAUGGCACUGUGGUUUUGGCGGUUGUCUUUUCGGAUCCAGUUGUUCGCACCUCCGUUCCGCCUCCGCAGUUUGUGGGUUUGGAUUGGAUUCGUCCCAAGCGCCUGUGGCCAAACAACUUUGCUGUUCGUCUGUUACCCACCGUGUCCUCGGUCGGCACCGUUACUGGAAAUGUCACAAACGUCGUGUAUGAGGAAGCGCAGCUGCAGGUGCAUUUGGUUGUCACUGUCACUUUCGGUCAGCAACUUGCCGUUGGCGACAUAAUCACAACCACCGCCGUGAACGUCGAAGGCGCAAAUGAGCAGCCCAUCUUCCAGCCCACACAAGCCGUGCAGCUCAACUUUGAGCCAGUGUUCCAGCUCGCUUUCGUUCAGUGGAAUGUCACGAAUACCACAACUGUGCUUGCUCCGUUUGACACUUUGCGUGUCGCCACGGUUCGUGCCGACUUCAGCGAGCCGGUCUUUUCCGCGGCGUCUGGCGGAUCUCUCGACGUUUCGUGCUUUGCUCUUUUGGGCUUCGACGUCGCCAGCUCGGGAGUGUUUGCUGCGAACGCCACCAUCCUUGCCGUGACGCUUGUGCCAGGCUCCAAUAGCACUGCCUAUUUGCUCGAUCUGUCCUAUUUCCAGCUUGGUCCGUACGAUUCGCCGCUUUCGGCACCGAUGUACUACGUCUUCCCCACUGGCGCCGGCAUUAUCACACGCGGUACCGAACACCGUGCUGCAACCGCGGUUCGAGCUGAUUUCCGCGUACCUGUGACUCUUCCUGUUCCGCCGGCCUGAGUGUUUGUCUAAUGUGACCUGUAUGGCAAUGUUCUGACGUGUUUGUCGUUGAAAUGCAUGAUUCUCC